AUGUCCAUGAUGAUUGAGGCAAAGAAAGUCAAUGCGAUAAAGAGUAAAUCACCUAAACACUACCAGAAAAAGUCAGAAAAAGCAGAAAGUGCACCAAGUGCGGGUUUCGUAAACUAUUUGGGAAAAUUCCUUCCGAACCUGUCAGACAAAACUUCACCCCUCAGAAAACUGCUGGAAAAAGAUGUCCAGUGGAUUUGGGAAAAGGAACAAAAUGACGCAUUUGAAAUCCUCAAAGAGUCGAUCACGAAAGCGCCAUUCCUCAAGUACUACAACGUGAAAGAACCAGGAUCGUAUACUUGGGCUGUGUGGGGCGGGGAGGGCGUGAUUGUUAGAAUACGUGAGAAUCGUGGUCUGAUUCAGGGAUCGUAUACUUGGGCUGUGUGCGGCGGGGAGGGCGUGAUUGUAAGAAUACGUGAGAAUCGUGAUCUGAUUCAGGGAUCGCAUCGUAUACUUGGGCUGUGUGUGUGGAUGGUGGGAGGCGUGAUUGUAAGAAUACGGAUCGUAUACUUGGGCUGCUUUGUUGACAACAACGACCGUAUCCUGCUGCCAUGGAUCGAGAAAAAUAAUUAUGGUAAUACACCGGACACAUGCACCAAGAGGUGUUUCGACAUGGGGUACAGACUUGCGGGGACGCAGAACGGAGCCACGUGCACCAACAUCGAUCGGGGAGUCUACUCGUGCAAAUGCACGGCGGGCUGGACCGGAACUAACUGUGAUAUAAAUAUCAAUGAAUGUGCCAAUAGCCCUUGCAAGAAUGGCGCGGCAUGCGUUGACGGAAUCAACUCGUACUCAUGCAAGUGUGUGGCGGGAUGGACUGGCACCAACUGUGAUCAAAACAUCGACGAAUGCGCUCCGAAACCUUGUCAGAACGGUGGCGCGUGCUCAGACCUCGUGAACGGCUACACGCGUAAAUUCGCGGCGGGGUUCAACGGAAACAACUGCGAGACCAAUAUAAACGAGUGCCUUGGAGUCUCGUGUAAUUACGGCACGUGCGUCGACGGAAUCAACUCGUACACAUGUCGGUGUGAGGCCGGAUGGCAGGGACCCGUCUGCAAUGUCGAAAUCAAUGAGUGUUCUCCAAACCCGUGCAUGAACGGCGCCACGUGCAUUGACGGAAUAAAUGCGUACGCGUGCAAUUGUGUGGCGGGAUGGAACGGCAAGAACUGUGACCAGAACAUCAACGAGUGCUCCCCAAAUCUCUGCCAGAACGGUGCCACGUGCAUUGACGGAAUCAAUGCGUACACGUGCAACUGCGUGGCGGGAUGGAACGGCAAGAACUGCGACCAGAACAUCAACGAGUGUUCCCCAAACCCGUGUCAGAACGGCGCCACAUGUACUGACGGAAUUAACGAUUACACAUGCAACUGCGUGGCGGGAUGGAACGGCAAGAACUGCGACCAGAACAUCAACGAAUGUUUCCCUAACCCGUGCCAGAAUGGCGCCACGUGCGUUGACGGAAUCAACGCGUACACAUGCAACUGUGUGGCGGGAUGGAACGGCAAGAACUGCGACCAAAAUAUAAACGAGUGCCUUGGAGUCUCCUGUAAUUACGGCACGUGCGUCGACGGAAUCAACUCGUACACAUGUCGGUGUGAGGCCGGGUGGCAGGGAAUCGCCUGCAAUGUCGAUAUCGACGAAUGCGCUGUAAAACCAUGUCAGAACGGAGCAACUUGCACCAAUGGGCUAAACAAGUACACGUGCACGUGUGCUGGAGGGUGGCAGGGAACCAACUGUAAUCAAGAUAUAAACGAGUGUGCAGGCAAUCCUUGUCAGAACGGCGCCACGUGCAAUAACCUUCUCAACAAGUACACGUGCACAUGUGCCGGUGGCUGGCAGGGAACCAACUGUGACCAAGACAUUGACGAAUGUGCUGGCAAUCCGUGCAAAAACGGAGCCACGUGCAACAACCUACAGAACAAGUACACGUGUAACUGUGCCGGUGGUUGGCAGGGUGUCAACUGCGACCAAGACAUCAACGAGUGCGUCAGUAACCCAUGUCAGAACGGAGCCACGUGCAAUAACCUACAGAACAAGUACACGUGCUCGUGUGCGGCCGGAUGGCAAGGCAUCAACUGUGAUCAAGAUAUCAACGAGUGCGCCAGCAACCCAUGUCAAAACGGGGCCGUCUGCAAACAAUCUUCUAAACAAGUAGACAUUGACGAGUGUGCAAGCAAUCCGUGUCAGAACGGCGCCACGUGCAACAACCUUCUCAACAAGUACACGUGCACGUGUGCCGGAGGAUGGCAGGGAACCAACUGCGAUCAG